AUGGCCACACAGGAGCUGCACAGCAAUCCCCACUUCUAUUCCGCCAAGGCCAAAAGGCUGGAUCUGUGCCAGGGACUGGUAGGCGACUGCUGGUUCUUGGCAGCUUUGCAAGCUCUGACUUUGCACCAGGACAUCCUGAGUCAUGUCAUUCCCCCGAAUCAGAGUUUCACUGAGAAGUAUGCUGGCAUCUUCCGGUUCUGGUUCUGGCACUUUGGGAAGUGGGUUCCAGCGGUGGUAGAUGACCGACUGCCUGUGAAUGAGGCUGGCCAGCUGGUCUUUGUCUCUUCUACCUACAAGAACUUGUUCUGGGGAGCUCUUCUGGAAAAGGCCUAUGCUAAGCUCUCCGGCUCCUAUGAAGACUCGCAGCGUGGACAGGUAUCUGAAGCCCUUGUGGACUUCACUGGAGGGGUGACAAUGACCAUCAACCCGGCAGAAGCCCCUGGCCACCUCUGGGACAUCCUAACCCGAGCCACCUACAGCAGAACGCUGACUGGCUAUCAGACCCACUCAGGGGAGAGAGUGCUGAAGAACGGGCUGGUGCAAGGCCAUGCCUAUACAGGGGUCGGGAAGGUGACCUCCAAACAUGGACCUGCGUACCUAGUCAAGCUUCGGAACCCCUGGGGAAGAGUGGAAUGGAAAGGAGACUGGAGUGACAGCUCAAGUAUGUGGGAGCUACUGAGCCCCAAGGAGAAGAUUCUGCUGCUGAGGAAAGAUGAUGAUGGAGAAUUCUGGAUGGCACUGCAGGACUUCAAAGCACAUUUCAUGCUUCUGGUCAUCUGUAAACUGAGCCCAGGCCUGCUGAGUCAGGAGGUGGGCCAGAAGUGGUCGCACACCAUGCUAGAGGGGAGAUGGGAGAAAGGGACCACGGCUGGUGGCCCGACAAAGUCACCCCGAGACACAUUUUGGAAGAACCCGCAGUUCCUGCUGUCGGUCUGGAGGCCCCAGGAGGGCAGGAGGUUCCAGAUGCCCUGCAGCGUGCUGGUGUCCCUGCUUCAGAAGCCCAGGCACAGGCACCGCAACCAGAAGCCUCACUUCGCCAUUGGCUUCUACCUCUUCAGGGUAGCUCAACUGCUGCCCUCUGUCCUCUACCCACAGAGCUAUGAUGACCAGAGGAGACUGCCUCCCAAGAGUUUCUGGAAAAAUGCUCCCCUGAAUUGGCCUGAGACAUUUCUCAGAGAGAAGGAAGUGAGUCUGGAGCUGUGGCUGGAGCCUGGGACAUACGUCAUAUUGCCCUGCACAUCCGAGUCCCGCCAGGAGUCUGAGUUCGUCCUCAGAGUCUUCUCCAGGAAGCGCAUCUUUUAUGAAACUGGCCGCAAUUCAAGUGUCGUCUUCUCUAAGGAAACUGUAGACCAAAGUGAAGGGCAGGAUGAAUUCUUCACCAAACUCUUUGAUAAGCAUCCAGAAAUAAAUGCAGUCCAACUGCAGAAGAUCCUGAACCACAUGCCCUGGUCAGGUCUAAGGAGCGAACAGCCUCUCUUCAGCCUCGAGGCCUGCCAGGGGAUCCUGGCCCUACUGGAUCUUAAUGCGUCCGGCACCGUGAGUAUCCAGGAAUUCAGGGACCUGUGGAAGCAGCUGAUGCUCUAUCAGGGGGUUUUCCACAAGCAAGACACUAACCGCUCAGGACGCCUGAACCGGGCCCAGCUGCGGGCUGCCAUGAGGGACACAGGAAUCGUGCUCGGUGAUGACGUCUGCCGGCUGAUGCUUGUCUGCUACGGCGGCCCUGACCUCCAGAUGGACUUCGUCAGCUUUGUCCGCCUGAUGCUGCUUGUGGAGAACAUGGAGGACGUCUUCCAAAACUUGACCCAAGAUGGCAAAGGGAUACACCUCCAGAAGCCCGAGAUCCUCAAGGCCAUCUGA